UUUAUUAUCUGAUUUGAAUUCCUCCAUUAAUGGCUUAUAAGCUUCUCUUCUUCUAUGUUCUUGCCUGCCUCUGCCUUCAAGUACUAACAUGCAAUGCUACAGUUUACAUGGUGGGUGAUAACUCUGGUUGGGAUGUAAGCACUGAUCUUAACUCAUGGGUCAAGGGCAAAACCUUCAAUGUUGGAGAUUCUCUCUUGUUCCAAUACUCAUCUGGAAACACUGUGAAUGAGGUUACAAGAAACAACUUCAAUGCAUGUAAUGUGACUCAGGCUAUACAAAUAUAUACCGGAGGCAACACAACGAUUCCGUUGACGCAACCCGGCGAUAGAUUCUUUGUCUGUGGGAAUAAGUUGUAUUGCUUUGGAGGGAUGAAGCUUCAAGUCCAUGUUAAUGGAGCUCAGGGGGUAAAUGCUCCGGCAACUGCACCAGGGUUGGCACCCCAAGCUUCUACAAACAACAACAAUGCCUCACCUAAUUUCUCUACUUCAAAUGGGUCUCCUUAUGGUGGAAGGGGUUCUCUAAUAUUUGGAGCUUGUGUUGGUGCUAUUGUGACUCUUCUAUUUGGUGUUAUUAUUUGA